AUGCGCAAUUUGAUCACGGAGAUUGCGCGGCUGCGUGCGCAGGCAGCGUUCAUCGCAUAUACAAGUAACCGUACGCCGCUCGCUCAGAAAUGGGGGUCAACCGCUUCUCAAUGUCGGCCUUCAUUCCCACCACGCCUCUGCUGCGGGCGCGCCCCGGCGCGGCGCGGCUUGGCUCAGCGCGCAUGUCGUCUGCGGCGUCGGAGGACGCGUGCCCCGGCUGCGGGCGCGCGGACGGCGUGUCCGCCGGGUGCAACGGCGAGGGGCGCGUCGCCGGCGGGCUCGGCGCCGUGCUCACGUGGUGGCCUAUCAAGGCGUACCGGCCGUGCCCCGAGUUUAUCAAGGCGAAGAAGACGUACCGGCGCGCGGGUCAGUCGCUCGAGGAAAUCGCGUUCGGCAGGAAGGGACAGGGCGAUGACCUCUCCAUUCAGGACCGCCUCGGCGGGAAAUGAGCUGGCAGUGGCUGCGGAAGCUGGUGGCGGCUGCGGAAGUACACGCGGCUGCGGAAGCGGCCCGCGGGAGGCGACGUUACGUGGAUGA